AUUUAUGUAGUCACUAAAUGCAACUAUUUAUGUAGUCUCUAAUCUCUGAUUUAGAUGCAAAACAGAAUGAAGCAACACUUAUCGUUUUUAAUUACAUAAUCGUAGGCGUAAGUGAUAACUACAACCACGCUUAAUUGAAUAUAGAAACUAGGAGAAAGAUAGUAAUGUUUUUUGUUUGAAACCCACUGAUAACGUCAGAGAUCAUUUAGCAGAUAGCUGAUUAUAAAAGAGCAUUUAUUUUAUCAAUGAAAACCUCCUCUCGUAUUGUUUACUUAGUUUUUCUGUGUUCAUAUUCGAUUGUUUUAUAAGCACUAGUUUCCAGCUGAAGUUAUUUAGCAUUAACUGUAUAUUUAAAGUGUGUGAUGGCUCUGCGUAGAAAAAAUGAAUACAUGUUUACAUGGAGAAUAGAGAAUUAUUCUUUCUGCUAUCAAAAUAACGGUGAGUGCUUGUUCAGUCCCAAUUUUAUUGAUGAAAACCUAAGUGGAAAGGAAUGGUUCCUACAGUUGUUUCCAAGAGGCGAGAGUGAGAUGACAUCGGAAUAUGUUUCGUGCUACUUGUUUCAAGAUUCGUUGGACGAAAGUUCUUUUUCGUUCGACUUAAAAAUCGAAAUGGUUGGUGCCAGUGGUAAGAAAUUAAAAACUUUUGAAGUGACUAAUAAAUCAACUGGAAAUGAAUGUAAAUGGGGAAGCUCUGAGUUUAUUGAAACCCGGGAAAUAAUGGAAGACGCAGAGAAGAGUGCUGAUGAUGUGUUAACUGUUUAUUGCUACCUGUAUGGUGAAAGCUUUAGAAAGUUGAAGUCGGAAGAAAGCAUUGCUCGUACAAGGAUCGGCGUAGAUCGUCUAAGCCUUAGAUGGAAUGUGUUCUGCAAAAAUGGGAUGGUUUUAGAAGAUAUCAUAUUCCCUCGAGGUAUUAAGUUCUUGUUUACCAUAUCUAAAACUGACAACUCUCUUAAGAUAAAUGUUAAAAUUUUAAAGUCGAAAAUUAAACUGUGUUAUUAUGUUGAUUGUAAGUUGACACUACUUGACGCAAGAGACAAAGAGGCAUGCACAGAAAGGUCUUCGCAUUUGUUUCAGUUAAAGCACCCAUUCGAAAUUUGGGAGUUUCCUUCGGUUGCUUUCGCGCAUGAAUUGGUGCGUAAUAAAAAGGACUAUGCCGAAAACAAAGCCAUUGCUUUUUUGUGUGAGUUUUCAUGCUCGAAUGCUACAGAAUCGAACAUUCUUUCUGUUUUUGACGAUGUUACUCGAAUUUCUUCCUUACAAGAAGAUUUUAAGUGCAUGUUCUUGAGCAAGAAAUUUUGUGAUGUCAAACUAAGUGUAGAAAAUCAUGUUAUAGAAGCCCAUAAAAGUGUCCUGGCGGCUAGAUCUCCAAUAUUCUGUGCUAUGUUCGAUAUGAAUAUGAUUGAAACUCUAACUGGUACCGUUAAAAUUGUUGAUAUCGAUUACAAUACUGUUAAUCUAUUUUUGGAGUUUCUGUAUACUGAUAAUGUUGGAGUAAUAGAUUUUGAGCGUGCAAAAAAACUUUUGAUUGUGGCUGAUAAGUACCAAGUACUAACAUUGAAAGAGAAGUGUUCGAUCUUUUUAAAUUGUAAAAUGUCGUUGACAAAUGUAUACGAAAUAUUAGUUUUGGCUGAUACAAUUAGUCAUGCUCGUCUUAAAGCAGCUGCGAUCGACUUUAUUGUUAAAAAUUCAGAAGAAAUUCUAUUAUCAUCAGAAUGGAUAACGUGGCUACAAAACAAUACGGAAUUGGCAUCGGAAGUUUUGUCAAAGCUAACGACAAAUUUAUCUUGCUAACAUAGUGUUGUUUAGUAAAAAAAAACUUUUAUCAAUUUUUUUAUUACUUACCAAUUUGUUAAUUAACCAUGAAAAUUAUGGAUCAAUUCACUUUUAUGAGUUUAUAAGAUUAUUAUUUAAAAUGAAUUAAAUUCAUACAAUACUUAUAAAAUCUGUUGUAAUUGUUAUUUCAAAAAGCUUAUUUUUU